UCAGUUCUACUUGAGAUAUCAAGAAUACUAAACACUGGCUUAGACAUGGAAACUCUCUCCAUUUGUGUACGUCUUUGUGAACAAGGAAUAAACCCAGAGGCAUUAUCUGCUGUAAUUAAAGAGCUACGCAAGGCAACAGAAGCCCUAAAGGCAACUGAAAAUAUGACCAGCUGAUACUGAGAAGAUAUUUUCAUUGAGAAGAACAAUGAAGUAGGAGCCCGGCAGACAACUAAGGGAUUGUCCAUUGGCUAGGACUAUAUGACCUUAUUAUUGCUUGUGUUGAUUUCAGCAGACUUCACUGAAGAAGUAUGAUGUAAUAAGGGGUUUUAGAAUACAGUACUUGUUAGCCAGUAAUUUUUCAUAGUUUUUAUGGGAUACAGUGUUUCAGAAAUACUGAAUUAUGUAGUCAACAAAUUUGAGUAUUUUAUUGGCCAUCUUCCAGAUAGUUCAUAUCCUUUAAAAUUAUGCUAGAAUGUAACCAUGUAAUGUAUUACCUUUGAAGUAUUCUUCCUUUAUGUGUAGAACUGCAAUUUGAAUGAGGGACUUGAAUUAAAAUAGAUUUACUUUUGAACAUAUGCAAAAUCUCUCAUACAGUUUAAUUGGAUUUUUCCUAUAUUGUACAAAUCUCACUGAGUAAAAUUGAAAUUUUGGUUGUUAUUUUACUAAAUUUAAAAAGCAACAUGCCAUACUAUGAAGGAAGCUGAUGUUUGGAAAAGGUUUUGUUUCCCUUGUUUGUUUAAAUAUAUCCAUAUUGUAUGUGCAAAUUAUUCUUUAUUAGUUCUUUAAAGGAACUUAUUUCUGAGGAAAUAUGUCAUAAUUUGCAUUUGCUGAACUCUCUUUAAUUUCAGUGAAAGGUGAAACAUUUAUUAAAUUCCUUUCAUUGAGACUAA